AGCAAUCUCACGUCAAAGUCAAGCCAAGACAGUCGAUUCAAAGAUGCUACAUUCCUCUCUAUUGAUUAUUACGCUAUUAUUAGUGGCCGAAAGCCGAACUUCGUUGACAUCAGCUAAAGUUUUAGAAUGUGUUACUCAAAAUAACGAAUGUCUCUUCAGUGACGUUCAGCUCUUGAAUAAAGAGAAUCGUAAUGUUGCAUUGAAGCUGCCAAGCAACACAAAUACUUCCGUGAUUAAGUUCAUAAACUCAUCGAUUGAUUUGAUAACCUCGCAGCUAUUAAGUAAUCUCGAUGAUGUCAAAUCUAUAGAUAUUGCCAGCACAAGAGUACGUACAAUUCAAAGCAAUGCAUUUCUGGAGAAUAGCCAUUUAGAAGAAUUGGAUCUUUCGAAAAACUUGCUCACUGAUCUACCGGAUGGAAUAUUUCAUGGAUUGAGCCACUUAAAUCAGUUAAACUUGUCUGACAAUAAUUUACAUCGGCUGCGUGGUGAUCUUCUGGAACAUUGUCCGGAAUUGAUACGCCUCAACCUGGAAGGAAACUCAAUCAGUGAAAUCCCCCGAAAACUGUUCUGGAUUCCUCGGGAGUUGCAGUUCUUGAAUCUAGGUGAUAACCGAAUUGAACAACUAGUUGGUGGUACGUUUAGACUUCUGGAGAAUUUGACCACACUAGAUUUGAGCAAGAAUUUUCUUCGGGAGCUGCGAUAUGAUACGCUUGAAGGUCUUCAUUCAUUGGAACAGCUGGAUGUUUCUAGCAAUUUGAUUGAGAAAGUAAGCGUUGGAGCAUUUCAGGAAGUGCCGUUGAUAAGAGUUAUUUCGAUGGCCGGGAAUUUUUUGACCCGACUGCCAAACGGUUUGUUUACUAAUCUCGUUGAGUUACGUGAGUUGAAUUUACAAGGUAACGAGCUAGUGCAACUCGACGAUCAUCUGUUCAGAGGUUUAUUAAGUUUGCAAACCAUAUCUCUCAGUAGUAAUAGUAUAAAUGGAAUCCCAUCGACACUAUUCAAAGAUCAGGUUAAUUUGCAAAGUAUUGAUUUGAGCCAGAACAGACUUAGCAGUGUCCCAAAAGAAGUCAUUAGCCGGAUGGGUAGUGAUAUCAAACUUCAUAAUAAUCACUUUACAAUUGUGAGAACAAGUACUUUUUCAGAAACUGUUGCUGUAUCUUCAGUCUCGCUGUACGGUAACAAAAUUCUUGUUCUUGAAGACGAAUUGUUUGAUAGUUUGACUAAUUUGACUGAGCUAUAUUUGGACUACAACGAAUUAACGGAAAUUCCAGCAACAAUCUUCAAAGGCAACCCCAGUUUGAGCCAUAUCACCAUGUCCAGAAAUUAUAUAUCCACUGUAAGAACUAACACAUUUGCGGGUCUAUCACAACUAAAUUCUGUGGACCUGUCUUCAAAUAAGAUAUUUGAAAUUGAGGAAGGAGCUUUUUAUGGUUCUAGUAUCACAAGUUUAUUCCUCGAACAUAACUUGUUAGAGUGGGUUGAUUCUGAAACCUUUCGAGGUCUAAAACUGUUGCACUUGAAUUUGGCUGAUAAUAAGCUAAGGCAGAUUUUAGACUCGUCAUUUGAAAGUCAACCCUAUCUGGAAACAAUUAUUUUAAAUAAUAAUCACAUCGAAGAUAUUUCAAAAGGAUCCUUUUCCAAUUUAUCCAAACUAGUAUACCUAGAUUUGAGUAACAAUUCAAUAACUAAGCUUUUUGAUAGCACAUUCCUCACUUCAAUGUCGAUGGGAACAUUGAAAUUAUCUCAUAAUAAACUCACCGAUUUAAAUUUAAAGAUUUUCGAAAAAACAUUCAAACUGCAAAACCUUGAGCUAGACGGAAAUAGAAUCAGGUUUUUAUCCGAAAGAGCAGAAAAUUUGUUCUCACUUGCGGAAAUCACGACAUUAAAAUUGAGUUUCGAAAUUUCAAAUUUAGUAGCUAAUCUUUCAACAUUGAAAUCACUACACAUUGAUUCACUGUAUCAGAAAACACUCACUGACUCAUCGCUGGUAAUGUUCACUGCGUUGGAAGAACUUCAAAUCUCCGAUGCUACAUUCAGAACUCUCCCGAGUCGGUUGCUAUACCACCUUACACUGCUCAACAGACUUUUGAUAACAAAUAAUUCUUUAACCUCAAUUGCAGACAACUUUUUUGAUCACUGCUCAAAACUUGUUUUUCUGGACCUAUCAAAAAAUCAAAUAAAAACUGUUAAUCCAAACUGGUUCAAGCAUUUGAUUAACCUCACUACACUUUCUCUAGCUCACAAUCGUAUCCAUUUAAUCCCAUCUGAUAUCUUAAGCAAUAUAAAAUCAAUAAUUUCCUUGGACCUUUCCUCAAAUCAACUCACGGAGCUCGAUACAGACUUCUUACGAAAACAUUCCAGCUUGGAGGAGUUGGAUGUAAGUGGUAACAAGCUAACCGAAAUUGCCAUUAACACAAAACUACGCACUUUACACGCUUCGAGCAAUCAAAUUUCCACCAUACAUUACGAUUCGUUUGCGAAAUUCAACCUUGAAAUACUGGAACUCGGACAUAAUAAGCUGACCAAUAGUAGCGAGCUAUUGCAAUUAUCGAAACUAAAAUCGCUGGACAUUUCAAGUAACGCGGGGAUUGAGUUCGAUUUACAUCAGCUGUACAAACUUAAAAAUCUACUAUCUCUCAACAUAUCUUCAAUUGGCAUCGCGAUACCGAUGGAUACAGUAGCAGUCACAAAUCUUCUCGCACUGGAUUUAAGUAACAAUCAGCUAGAAACUCUGUCGGUGAACUUCAUCAAAGCUAUACCGAGAACUACGGAGCUGUACCUACAGAAAAAUGGGAUUUCAACUAGUCAGUUGAAAAAGGUUUCAAAAUAUAUGAAGCAUCUGAUGUAUUUAAAAGUCGAUAAUCCUGAUAGCAAUGUGCAAUCACAAUUCAGCGACGGCUACGUAAUGGUAGUUUGAGCAAUUAAAAUGUACUCGAUCACUGCCAAUUGUUUUAGUUUCAUUUAUUAUGAACAUAAAUUACAGUCAAAUUAUAAAUUGGGAUUCUUCCUAUAGUAAAACAAUAAAGAACUAUUAAGGUUUUCUUUCACCUUGAGAAAAA